AUGCAGCUGAUCACCAGACACUUGAAAGGCUUCUGGGAGAAGCUGGGGAAAAGAGAGAAGCCUUCAGUUGAUACGAACUCUUCGAUCGACCCGUACCCCACAUUCCCCCCACCCACACCCGAAGAACUCCUCGCUCGCCCGAACUUUUACCGAGAACGCCUAUUUCAACGCCAGUAUCAAACUCCUCGAGGCGAUUCCGAAGAUAAACCACUUUACGGGCUAUAUCGGCUCUACGAGCAUCUGAUUCUGAACGACAAUAUCGGCCUACGAAACGAACUCGAGUACUUCUGGUAUGCAAGGUGGCCCAUUGCCUCCAUUCCGGAUCCCCAGGACGCAUGUAAAUCCCGGUACGCCGCUCUUGCUGCCAUGCCAGCCUUGUUGCUCGAAUCAUACAAUGAACGUAUCAAUUUGGGUCUGCCGUGGAAGGCAGACUCUAUUGUCUCGCGCGAGGAAUUAGAGCAGUACCAGAAGGAAGAGAAAGUGUUUGAAUUGCUACCCGAAUGGUCCAAACAGGUUCCGCGACUGGAGGAGACCCUAGUCAUUCCGCACGACGAUAACGAGGUUCUCGAUUCGUUCGAAGAUAUCAGGGCAAGUCCUCAACUGGCAGCAAAGAAUAUUUUACAUUGGCAGCCGCAUAUUCAUUUCAUCUAG